AACAUUGUCAACAUAUUCAUCAUAUACAAUAUUCCUUCCAUUCCAAUGGGACACUGUAACAUAGAUAGAUAGUCAUAAAAAUCAGAGUCGUAAUUUUAGUUUAUUUGGGUAGAAGUGGGUAAUGGUAAUGAAGAGAAAUUCAGAAUAAUUGGAAUACUACACAAUUGUAUGAUAUAAGAAGUUUUCUUCUUUCAUUCGCAGUUACGCACCUGCAAUAGAUCCACUGUGAACAUCUACAUACUUGAAUGCAUUUAAUUAUGUUUUACAAUAGGUUCAGUUUUGUUUGCUGGGUGUGCUUACAAUUACUCUGAAUUUUAGGUCGUGAGGGUCAAAUGAGAGUUUCAUUCUUUAAUGGAUUUAUGUAAUUUAAAUUGGGUAGAUUAAGAGUGAGUUUUAAUGGAUUUAUGUAAUUUAAAUUGGGUUGAUUCUAUUUAAUCUAGAGCUGUGACGUGACACUCAGUCUAAAUUUGAUAUAAAUGGUAAGUUUAAAUAGUUUACGAUACUAAAAGAUAUUCGGCGCUUUUCCGAAGGAAAAAGAAAUGAAAACUAAAAACAAAAGUAAGUUAAUGUCCCAUAUGAUACUUUCAGGAAAAGCCCCUUCCCUUCCUAGCCUUGGCUCUCACUUUCAAAUUCCCGACCUCUUUCUAGCGCCGAAAUUACCAGCACGCAGAGCAAGGACACCAUUAGCCGUUCGGCCACUGACCCAAAUGGAAAUCGGCGGAUUAGACUCCGAUGGCCGUGAAUUUAGAAACGCGGACGAGAUGUGGAGAGAAGAAGUAGGAGAUGGUGACCACCAAAAGAAGUCUCAAUGGUAUAACAAAGGCAUCAAUUACUGGGAAGGUGUGGAAGCCACAGUGGAUGGUGUGCUGGGCGGAUAUGGGCAUGUGAAUGAGGCUGAUAUAAAGGCAAGUGAGGAAUUUCUCAACACCAUUUUGCCAGAAAGGUUCCCUGAUGCUGGAAGAGGCCGCCAUCUUGUAGCUCUGGAUUGUGGAUCUGGCAUUGGAAGGGUUACCAAGAAUCUUCUUAUACGAUAUUUCAAUGAGGUCGACCUACUAGAGCCUGUAUCACAUUUUUUGGAAUCAGCCCGGGUAAAUUUGGCUCCUGAAAAUUUAAUGGUGUCAGAGUUGCACAAAGCUGCCAAUUUUUAUUGUGUUCCACUCCAGGAAUUUACUCCUGAUGCUGAAAGAUAUGAUGUUAUUUGGGUUCAGUGGUGUAUUGGGCAUCUUGCAGAUGAUGACUUUAUUUCAUUCUUCAAGAGAGCACAGGCUGGCUUGAAACCUGGUGGACUUUUUGUUCUAAAAGAGAACAUUGCAAAAACAGGAUUUGUAUUGGACAAAGAAGAUAAGAGCAUCACAAGAUCAGAUUCAUAUUUUAAGGAGCUGUUCAAUCAAUGUGGACUAUACAUCUACAAGAUGAAGGAUCAAAAAGGAUUUCCAGAUGAAUUAUUUGCUGUGAAGAUGUAUGCAUUGACUACUGAGAUGCCAAGGCAAGAGAAGGAUUUUAUUAUUAUUAGAGGCCUCUUGUAUACGGCAAAAAUCAGAGGGUCUGACUUUGUGACCGCUAAGGCACCUCGUAAAUACCGCUCCUAGAAGGCUCGAAGUUUAGCUCUGGGCUUGACCCCGAGGGAUCCCAAUGAUCGAUCUCGAGGCAAUGCAAAUCAACAUCUAUGAUGGACUAACGGGAAGUUUCCAAGACACAUGACUAAAGCUGACCAAGUCUACUAGGCUAGUUCAAGCCCGUACCGUGACAUUAAAUGGCUAUACCAGCCACAUAUCUUUGUAAUAAAUAUAGUUGUACUAUAUUGGGAUUCCCCCUGAUAUAUAAAGGGAACCCUUGUCAUUUUGUA